AUGCCAGCGGAAGCAGAAGCCAUUGUUCUCACCCGAAAGAUCCCGGCCCAGCUUGGAUAUCCGGCCAGACUUGCCUUCGCUGCCUGCGAAACUCGACAGGGCCAGCCUUCGAAAGACUUCUCUACGACAAGGGUGACUCCGCUCCGUGAUUUCUUUCCCGCCAAAGAGACAGCAUACAUUCGCAAGACACCACCAGCAUGGGCUCACCAUGGGUGGACCGAGCAAGAAAUGCUUUCGGUUGUUCCUGAGCAUCGUGAGCCAAAGACGGUGGGAGACUGGCUCGCGUGGAAGUUGGUUCGACUAUGUCGAUGGGGCACAGAUAUUGCCACCGGAAUCAGACCAGAGCAGCAGGUCGACAAGAAAAACCCCACUACUGCGCUGGCUGCCCACAAACCCCUUACCGAAGCCCAGUGGCUGGUCCGCUUCAUAUUCUUGGAAUCCAUCGCUGGAGUUCCUGGCAUGGUCGCUGGCAUGCUCCGGCAUCUCAACAGCUUGCGGCGUCUCAAGCGGGACAAUGGAUGGAUCGAGACGCUGCUUGAAGAAUCGUAUAAUGAGCGCAUGCACCUCCUAACGUUCAUGAAGAUGUGUGAGCCGGGACUAUUCAUGAAAACGAUGAUACUUGGGGCGCAGGGCGUAUUUUUCAACGCCAUGUUCAUCAGCUACUUGAUCUCACCCAAGAUAACUCACCGCUUUGUCGGCUACCUCGAGGAGGAAGCCGUCCACACGUACACUCGCUGUAUCCAUGAAAUCGAACAGGACGACCUGCCGAAAUGGUCGGAUCCGGGCUUCAAAAUCCCAGAGCUCGCAAUUUCGUACUGGAGAAUGCCCGAGGGGAAGCGUACCAUGAGGGAUCUGAUACUCUACAUUCGAGCGGACGAGGCAGUCCAUCGCGGAGUCAACCACACAUUGAGUAACCUCAAUCAGAAAGAGGAUCCUAAUCCAUUUGUCAGUGACUAUAAGACAGACACUGGCCACAACCAACCGAACCCAGCCCUGAAACCUACAGGAUACGAGCGCGAGGACGUUAUAGGUUGA